UCUCGCUCAAGCUCAACAAGCAUCUCACAAUUAGCUCACGGCCUCACACUCCUCACUGAGCUCAACCACCAAGCUCGACUGCUCAAGAAGAAGGCCACCUGCCAAUCACCCAGCACUCUGCCGGUAGCCAUGGACAUGGGCCUUGAGGUCUCGAGCUCCUCCCCAUCCUCCUCGUCGGUGUCGUCCUCGCCCGUGCACGCGGCGGGGCGGGCGUCGCUGGCCAAGCGCCCCGCGGGGCGCACCAAGUUCCGGGAGACGCGGCACCCGGUGUACCGCGGAGUGCGGCGCCGAGGCAACGCCGAACGGUGGGUCUGCGAGGUGCGCGUCCCCGGCAAGCGCGGCGCGAGGCUCUGGCUCGGGACGUACGCCACGGCUGAGGUCGCCGCGCGCGCGAACGACGCCGCCAUGCUUGCCCUGGGCGGCCGCUCCGCCGCGUGCCUCAACUUCGCGGACUCCGCGUGGCUGCUCGCCGUGCCGCCCGCACUCUCCGACCUCGGCGACGUCCGGCGCGCGGCGGUCGAGGCCGUCGCGGAUUUCCAGAGGCGAGAGGCUGCCAACGGCUCCCUCACCGCCACCGUCACCGAAGAGGCCUCCUGUGGCGCUCCUGAAGAAUCGUCGUCUGAGUCUGACAGUGCCGGUUCGUCGGAGACGUCGGAACCUUCUGCCGAUGCAGAGUUCGAGGUGCCUGUCGCAGUGGACACCGAUAUGUUCAGUAGGCUUGACUUGUUCCCGGAAAUGGACCUGUGCUCGUACUACGCGAGCCUCGCGGAGGCGCUGCUCGUGGACCCGCCGUCGACGGUGGCCAUCAUCGACUCGUACUGGGACAACGGCGACGACGGAGCUGAUGUCGCGCUCUGGAGCUACUAGCUAGUACUAGUGUCGAUAAUCCCCCCGCAAAAAAAAAAAAAGUAGUGUACAUAAUUCUCAGCUGGCUUGUUUUGACUCUGUAGCUAUUUUCCCCUGUUACAAAGUUUUCCUAUUUUGGAAAAAGACUAUGUACGUACUCUAGCUAAUAAGCUGAAGCUGCUCCUAAUUCGGCUC